AUGCCCGCGGAGCUGCUGGCGGGCAUUUACGCGUACGUGUUCGCGAAACGGCGCGCGUGCAGGGAGGCGAGGGGUAUACCCACGCCGCAGAGAAUGCGCAUCCAUAGAGAAAGAGCGAGGGCCGCGGCCCUGGAGGAGUGGGUGGCAUCCCUGGCGGAUCGCAGGCGUCGCGCCGGCGAACGUUCGCUGGAAACGGUGGGCCCGAUCCUCGGAGAAUGGAUAGGCAGGAGGCACGGUCAUUUCGGGUUCCGUCUGACCCAGGUGCUCACGGGCCACGGGGUGUUCGCGGCGUUCCUGCACAGUAUAGGCAGGGAGGCAACGGAUCGCUGCUAUCAUUGCGACGACGCGAGGGACACGGCGGACCAUACCCUCCGGGAGUGCCCGGCCUGGAGGGUGCAACGCCUGUCCCUAGUGGAAAAGAUUGGAGAGGACCUCUCGCUGGCAGCGGUGAUGAGGAAGAUGGUGGAGAGCGAACAGGGUUGGCGGGCAGCAACCUCUUUCGCUGAGGACGUUAUGACGUUGAAAGAGGAAGCCGAAAGAGAGAGGGAAAGAGCGGCUGCUGCCACUCCUCCUCUUCCUGUAGCUCCGUAG